CCUUCUUUUCCUUUUGCAGAAAUCAGUCCUGAUUGAGCAUGGCAUCCGGAGGCUGACGUUCCUUGUGGCACAGAAGGACUUCAGGAAACAGGUCAACUGUGAGGUGGAUCAGAGAUUUCAUAGGGAAUUUCCAAAGUUCUUCACGUUCCGUGCCAGGGAUAAGUUUGAAGAAGACAGAAUCUACCGCCAUCUGGAGCCAGCUCUGGCUUUUCAGCUGGAGCUGAACCGAAUGCGAAACUUUGACCUCACUGCCAUUCCGUGUGCCAACCAUAAAAUGCAUCUCUACCUGGGGGCAGCUAAAGUUGAAGUAGGAACAGAAGUGACAGACUACAGGUUCUUUGUGAGGGCCAUUAUAAGGCAUUCAGACCUGGUUACCAAGGAAGCCUCCUUCGAGUAUCUGCAAAACGAGGGAGAGCGAUUGCUUUUGGAAGCCAUGGAUGAGUUGGAGGUGGCAUUUAAUAAUACCAACGUGCGCACUGACUGCAAUCACAUCUUCUUAAAUUUUGUGCCUACUGUCAUCAUGGACCCAUCCAAGAUCGAGGAAUCCGUGCGGAGCAUGGUGAUGCGCUACGGGAGCCGCCUGUGGAAGCUCCGCGUCCUCCAGGCCGAGCUGAAGAUCAACAUUCGGCUGACGCCAACAGGAAAGGCCAUCCCCAUUCGGCUCUUCCUGACCAACGAGUCGGGCUACUACCUGGACAUCAGCCUGUACAAAGAGGUGACGGACUCCAGGACAGCGCAGAUUAUGUUCCAGGCCUAUGGGGAUAAACAGGGACCACUUCAUGGGAUGCUGAUAAAUACCCCAUACGUGACCAAGGACCUUCUUCAAUCCAAGAGAUUCCAGGCACAGUCUUUAGGGACAUCCUAUGUCUAUGACAUUCCUGAGAUGUUUCGGCAGUCUUUAAUUAAACUCUGGGAUUCUAUGAAUGAACAUGCAUUCCUGCCAACACCGCCGCUGCCGUCUGACAUACUGACGUACACUGAAUUGGUGUUGGAUGAUCAGGGCCAGCUCGUGCACAUGAACAGGCUGCCAGGAGGAAACGAGAUUGGGAUGGUAGCCUGGAAAAUGACCCUCAAAACCCCGGAGUAUCCUGAAGGCCGUGAUAUCAUCGUCAUUGGCAAUGACAUUACGUACAGGAUAGGUUCUUUUGGGCCUCAGGAGGAUGUGCUGUUCCUGAGGGCUUCAGAGCUUGCUCGAACUCACGGCAUCCCCCGCAUCUACGUGGCUGCCAACAGCGGAGCCAGGAUUGGUUUGGCUGAGGAGAUCCGGCACAUGUUCCACGUUGCAUGGGAAGACCCAGAUGACCCAUACAAAGGAUACAAGUACUUGUACCUGACACCUCAAGACUAUAAGAAAGUCAGUGCUCUGAACUCAGUUCACUGUGAACAUGUGGAGGACAACGGAGAGUCCAGGUAUAAGAUAACAGAUAUUAUCGGGAAGGAAGACGGACUUGGAAUAGAGAACCUCAGAGGAUCUGGCAUGAUUGCUGGAGAAUCAUCUUUAGCCUACGAGAGUAUUAUCACCAUCAACUUGGUUACGUGUCGGGCAAUUGGAAUUGGAGCUUACCUCGUUCGGUUAGGGCAGAGGACUAUCCAGGUUGAGAAUUCUCACAUAAUCCUGACUGGCUGUGGAGCCCUCAACAAGGUAAGAGUUUACACUUCAGCCUUCAGAGCUAUGUGGGAUGAGUGGCUGCUUCUGUGAGUUCUGCCUGACACU